AAAUUUUAUUACUGUGUGAGUCAAACUGAUAUCUCUGUCUUUGCUUCUCUGCUUUAUUUUAUGUGGUUGUGAAAUUUCACAGUUCAGUGAAUUAUGUUCAUUCAGAGGAAUAGCAACACAAGUCUAAUGCCCUCUGUUGACAAUCUGAGGAAGCAGAUUCAAAUGAAUUCAUGCAAAAUGGCAGUUAAAGCUGUUUGACGCUGAAGCCAUAGAGACACCACAUGUGUUUUUAGUCUUGGCUUAUAAAUAAACAUUUCUCCAGAUAUGGAUACCUGCCACUGGGUGACCUUUUAUUACAUCUGUUUUCUCUUUUUUGUCCCUUGCAAAAAAAAGAGGCCGUAUUAUUAUGUAAAAUUAUGCUUAUGAAAACAUAAGUCUGCCCCUCUCCUGCGUUCACCUUCACCUGGCAAGCAUGACUCAACUUCACAUUUCCCCACAGCGAGUGAACGACAGUUUUUAUUGAAGCCAGGUGUGUACCCACGUCCUGUCUGAUAAUGUUUCUGGACAGAAUUCCUCAACCAGAUCAUAACAUGUUCCAAGUCUUCAACAAAUGCAGAAAUCAGCACAAAACAGCUGUGACCUAUGUAUUUUGUUUAUUUUUAGGCUUUCCUUAUUUAAAGAUAGAGGCUCUGAGGGAAAUACAAAAAAAAUGGCAGCUGCACUGAAAAUUAGAUUUUCUCAGAUGGAGAAAUAUAUUUGACUUUUUAUGAGGUCUUAAUGAAAACGAAAAUCAUAUAUUAGAGCUCAGCUUCAUUUUUAAAGGAAUGUCGCCCUAGAAAUUGUGUACCAAACAAACAGUGAUCAGCUGCGUUUUACAGCAAAUGCAACUCGUGGAUCACCAACAUAACAUGCGGCUUACAGUACGGGGUGCAAAGGUCAGGGCCACACAGCAGCCUGACAGAAUCCCCUUGGCAGCUAAAUGGAGUCAUGAAUCAUGUAAAAGAAAAGUGCAGUGGGGGGAAGAAAAAAAAAACAUACACACUCAGAAAUGAGGAGAGAUUCUCGGUUUGAAAAACUGCUUGGCUCUACACUCUAGCAGCAGCAGCAGUGGUCAAGCUGCUGCUGCUCAGACCAGCGUGUUAUCCUGUGGGGCCAGCUGGAGUGAGGAGUUGGGUGGGGGUUAAGAAAAAAAAAGUCUCCCUGUACUUCCAUGUUCCUUUUGAUGCUUGGUAGUAUUACAGUAAAAUAAGUCCUCUGUCAUUGGUUGAAUAGGCUGGACUGCCUACUGUGACAGAGCAUGGGCCUCUCGUGCCGAAAAGGAAGGCAAUGUUGCAUCCCUAAACAGAAAAGGAGCCAAAAUGAGAAGGUGGGGGGUGGGAGGGAUGAAUUGAUAACCUCCUUCCUUUAUGCAUGAUGUAGUUGAAUCUUCUCUCGGUGUGAAAAAAAAAAGAAAAGAAAAGAAAAAGCUGAGCUGAGUCCUGGCGGGCAUGAUAAUAAGUUGAUGUGAUUAGUCUCUUGGACUGGGUCUGGCAGACUAGACUCCGAGUCAUCGCGGAAUCUGGAUUCCAUGUCUGGUUUUAGCGCAGCCCUGCGCUCAGACGGCUCCUGCAGACGGCAGCCUGCAUGCUCUCCACUGCACUGGCGCUGUUUACUGGAAGCCCGCUCCGCGCUGCUUCCACCAAGUGUCUCAACACUGUGAGCGGGAUCUUUUCCAGAGGCGAGCCGCUGAAACUUGGCCCCUCAGUCUUUCACAGCCUCAAUUCAGAGGAGCCCGGAGAGAGAGAGAGAGAGAGAGAAAGAGAGCAGCAGCGGCGUCGGUUAAAGUAACGGUUGGGGGGGGGACAGCGGUCUCCUUUCCCCGUCACCAGAUACUGAAAAAAGCCCCACUCUUUUCUGUCCCUCUUAGUCCCUCUUGUCUUUUUUUUUCUUCCUCUCUGGUCCCCGAGCUCCUGUCCUCCUCCUCUUGUUUGUUGCUGCCGCUGCUUCUUCUUCUUCGAGGAGUGAGGGCGCGCGCACAGGAGAGCCCCGAGAAAAGAGCAGAUGAGCCGCUCAGAGGCGCACGAGGUGUUGAUGAGUUGAGAGGACUGUGACGCGCAGAGCAACACCUUGCCUUGCCUUGCCUUUGCCAUGGAAGUGUGCGUCCGGCGCGGGGGGAUGUACGGGCUGAGAGGGGGACCUGCCGCCGCCGCCGCCGCCUGAUAGCCAGCCAGCCACCUCUCUCUCCUCCCUUGUCCCAGAUAAGGGGAGCAUGCCUCAGACCCGCAGACUCACUCUCUUCGCUGCAGAGGAGUUCCCGUCAGACUGUCUUUCCACAAUCUGACAUUUCUUUCUUUCUUUUUUUUUUUUUUACUGUUCACAUUUCCUCCCCACUGACUACAUUUUAGCCUUGUCUGGCUUCCCUGCUUUUCAAGAAAGGUGAGAGGAUCAAUGAUGAGCAUCUCUGAGACCAGUUGGCUUGGACUUUUUUAAUCAGAAGCUUUGUAGUCACAACACAAACCUGCCACAAACCAUCAACACCAGGCGCCAUGGCAUGCUCCCUGUGGAAACUACACACCUUCUGCUGGUUUCUCAUCACACUAGCCCAAGUGCACUCCACAGAAGGGUUUAGUCGCGCUGCCCUGCCAUUUGGCUUAGUACGGAGAGAGCUGUCUUGUGAGGGUUACCCCAUCGAUCUGCGGUGUCCAGGAAGUGAUGUCAUAAUGAUUGAAAGUGCCAACUAUGGCCGAACAGAUGACAAGAUCUGCGACGCCGACCCUUUCCAGAUGGAGAACAUCAACUGCUAUCUUCCAGAUGCCUACAAGAUCAUGUCACAAAGAUGCAACAAUCGGACCCAGUGCAUCGUGAUCACUGGUUCAGAUGUCUUCCCCGACCCCUGCCCAGGAACCUACAAAUACCUGGAGGUCCAGUAUGAGUGUGUGCCCUACAGUCCAUGCCCAACCAGAAUAGGACCAAGAACACAGAAUGUAUCCUAUCGCAACUGCCCUGUUUUUCUUUGUCCUGGGACUCUGAAAGCUGUCGGUGAUCCUUCCUUUCUAUUUGAAGCGGAGCAACAAGCUGGUGCCUGGUGCAAAGACCCACUUCAAGCCGGCGACAAAAUCUACUUCAUGCCCUGGACUCCUUACAGGACAGACACUCUCAUUGAGUAUUCCUCCCUGGAUGACUUCCAAAACGCCCGGCAAACCAUCACCUACAAGUUGCCUCACCGGGUGGAUGGGACUGGAUUUGUGGUCUACGACGGGGCAGUGUUUUUCAACAAGGAACGUACGCGCAACAUCGUCAAGUUCGACCUGCGGACUCGAAUCAAAAGUGGCGAGGCGAUCAUCAACAACGCCAACUACCAUGACACGUCGCCCUACAAGUGGGGCGGUAAAACGGACAUUGAUCUGGCAGUAGAUGAGAAUGGGCUGUGGGUGAUCUACGCCACAGAGCAGAACAACGGCAUGAUGGUAAUCAGCCAGUUGAACCCCUACACGCUACGUUUCGAGGCUACCUGGGACACAGCCUACGAUAAGCGCUCAGCCUCCAAUGCCUUCAUGGUUUGUGGAGUACUGUAUGUGGUCCGCUCCACCUAUGAAGACAAUGAAAGCGAGGUCAGCAAGAGCCUGAUCGAUUACAUUUACAAUACCAAACAGAACCGUGGGGAAUACGUUGAUAUCCACUUUCCCAACCAGUACCAAUACAUUGCAGCUGUGGAUUACAAUCCGCGAGAUAACCAGCUUUAUGUGUGGAAUAAUUUUUACAUCCUGAGGUACAAUCUGGAGUUUGGCCCACCUGAUCCAGCACAUGCUCCACCACUGUCAGAAGUCACCACGUCCCCUCAGCCUCAGAGAACCACAACCACCACCACAACAACCACAGUGCACCGGGGUGUGGCCAACACUACAACCACAACAGGGCUCAAGGAGGGCAGCAGGGGAGCGCCCAAGCCGCCCCCUGUGAUUCCACAGACUACUUCCCCUCCACCCCUGGAGUCCUUCCCUUUACCUGAGCGCUUCUGCGAGGCCACCGAGCAAAGAGACAUAAUGUGGCCUCAGACCCAGAGGGGCAUGCUCGUGGAGCGACCUUGCCCCAAGGGAACACGAGGCACAGCCUCUUAUUUAUGUGUCCUUUCCACUGGGAGGUGGCACCCAAAGGGCCCUGAUCUCAGCAACUGUACCUCCCACUGGGUCAACCAAGUAGCCCAGAAGAUCCGCAGCGGUGAAAAUGCAGCUAACUUGGCCAACGAGUUGGCCAGGCACACCAAAGGCCCCAUCUUUGCCGGGGACGUCAGCUCCUCGGUGCGCCUGAUGGAGCAGCUGGUGGACAUCCUGGAUGCUCAGCUGCAGGAGCUCAGGCCCAGCGAGAAGGAUUCUGCAGGACGGAGUUUCAACAAGCUUCAAAAACGAGAGCGGACAUGCAGGGCAUACAUGAAGGCCAUUGUGGACACAGUCAAUAACCUUCUGCGACCAGAGGCCUUGAAGUCCUGGCAGGACAUGAACAGCACAGAACAAACACAUGCCGCCACCAUGUUACUGGAUACUCUGGAGGAAGGGGCCUUCGUCCUCGCCGACAACCUCAUGGAACCUGCCUUUGUCAAAGUUCCUGCAGACAAUAUAAUCCUGGACGUGUAUGUACUCAGCACGGAUGGCCAGGUUCAGGAUUUUAAGUUUCCACAAUCCAGCCAGGAUGGCAUCUCAAUCCAGCUCUCAGCCAACACCGUCAAGCUCAACAGUCGGAAUGGAGUUGCCAAGCUGGUCUUCGUCCUCUACAAAAACCUGGGCCAGUUUCUCAGCACGGAAAACGCCACCAUCAAGAUGGCCAACGAGGCUUACGGCCGCAACGUGUCGGUGUCCGUCAACUCUGACAUCAUCGCUGCCUCAAUCAACAAAGAGUCCAGCCGCGUAUUCAUUAAUGACCCGGUGAUUUUUACCCUGAAGCACGCUGAUAUGGAGAACUACUUCAACUCCAAUUGCUCCUUCUGGAAUUACUCUGAGAGGAGUAUGAUGGGCUACUGGUCCACCCAAGGCUGCAAACUCCUGGAUUCCAAUAAAACACACACCACCUGCUCCUGCAGUCAUCUCACCAACUUUGCUAUCCUCAUGGCGCACCGCGAAAUCUCAGAUACUGGCCCACAUGGUCCAGUUCUUACCAUCAUCACUCAGGUUGGGAUCGCGGUGUCCCUUGUCUGCCUCUCCAUCAGCAUCUUCACCUUCUGCUUCUUCCGGGGCCUGCAGAGCGAUCGCAACACCAUCCACAAGAACUUGUGCAUUAAUCUUUUUAUCGCCGAGUUAAUAUUCCUAAUUGGUAUCGAUAUGAUAAAACCCAAGAUUGGAUGCGCCAUCAUUGCGGGGAUCCUUCACUUCUUCUUCCUGGCCUCCUUCUCCUGGAUGUGUCUUGAGGGGGUCCAGCUGUACCUCAUGCUGGUGGAGGUCUUCGAGAGCGAGUACUCACGGAAAAAGUACUACUACGUGUCCGGUUACCUCUUCCCGGCCAUCGUGGUCGGUGUCUCCGCGGCUGUUGACUACGGGAGCUACGGGACAGACAAAGCGUGCUGGCUAAGUGUGGAUAAUCAUUUCAUAUGGAGUUUUAUAGGACCUGUCACCUUUAUCAUCAUGCUCAAUCUCAUCUUCCUGGUCAUCACAAUGUACAAAAUGGUGAAGCACUCUACCACCCUGAAACCAGACUCUAGCCGACUGGAGAAUAUAAAAUCCUGGGUCAUGGGUGCCUUCGCCCUGCUGUGUCUGCUGGGCCUGACGUGGUCCUUUGGUCUCUUCUUCAUCAAUGAGGCCUCUAUCGUCAUGGCAUACCUCUUCACCAUAUUCAACACCUUCCAAGGAAUGUUUAUCUUCAUCUUCCACUGCCUCCUUCAGAAAAAAGUCCGCAAAGAGUACAGCAAGUGCUUCCGCCACACGUACUGCUGCGGAGGGCUGCCGACCGAGAGCUCACACGGCUCUGCAAAGACUUCCACCACGCGGACCAGCGCACGCUACUCCUCUGGUACACAGAGUCGUAUCAGGAGAAUGUGGAAUGACACCGUAAGAAAGCAAUCUGAGUCCUCCUUUAUCUCAGGUGACAUCAACAGCACCUCCACCCUUAACCAAGGAAUGACCGGGAAUUACCUACUAACAAAUCCUCUUCUUCGACCACAAGGCACUAACAACCCUUAUAACACCUUACUGGCUGAGACAGUCGUAUGUAACACCCCCACGGCUCCAGUGUUUAACUCGCCAGUGACCUACAGAGAGACAAGGCACUCACUGAACAGUGCGGUGAGGGAUACAAGUGCAAUGGAUACUCUACCGCUAAAUGGUAACUUUAAUAAUAGCUACUCACUCCGCAAUGGGGACUUUGGCGACAGUGUGCAGGUAGUAGACUGCGGCCUCAGUCUGGACGAUGCUGCCUUCGAGAAAAUGAUCAUCUCCGAGCUAGUACACAAUAACCUGCGUGCCUGUAACAAAAGCCACCAACAGCAACAGCAGCAGCACCCCAGUUUACAUCAUCCGCCCCACCACCAGCAACCCCCGCAGUACCACCAUCACCACCACGUGGAGCGGGCUCCGCCCAAGGUGACGGUGAUAGGCGGCAGCAGCAGCGAAGACGACGCUAUUGUAGCCGAUGCUUCGUCUUUGGUGCACAUGGGUGACGUGGUAGGCCUCGAGCUGCACCAUCAGCAGGAGCUGGAGGCACCGCUUAUCCCCCAACGGACUCACUCCCUUCUGUACGCACCCCAGAAGAAGGUGAGGACCGAUGGGGGAGUUGAUACCUUUGUCAGCCAGCUGACACCCACCAACCCUGAUGAUAGUCUGCAGUCCCCAAACAGAGACUCCUUGUACACUAGUAUGCCUAAUCUUAGGGACUUGCCAUGCCCAGAGAGCAGCCCCGAUGUGGUGGAGGACCUGUCCCCUUCUAAGAGGAGUGAGAAUGAGGACGUUUACUACAAGAGCAUGCCUAACUUAGGGGCUGGCCACCAGCUCCAAGCCUAUUACCAGAUAGGCCGAGGGAGCAGUGAUGGUUACAUUAUACCCAUUACUAAAGAGGGCUGCAUCCCUGAAGGCGAUGUACGGGAAGGACAGAUGCAGUUAGUGACAAGCCUUUAAAUGUAUUUAAAUCAUCCCCAAACCUCUUCCUGCCCUUUUGCAGCCCUUACCUCUUGGAGGACACUUUAGGGAAGGGAAGGGAAGAGUUUGUUUUCUUGUGAGGAGAGCCAAGAGGUUCCAUCAUAGCCAUUUCCAAACCUCACCCCGCCCCCAUCUGCAUUGCCAUCUCCUCCUCCACCCAGACAUGCCACUCUUCCCACCUUCCCUGCAGACCAAGAGACUUGGUGCACAGCAAUGGCAGUGCAAAGUUUUAAUGAGACUGUACAUAAAAUGGAGAGUCAAUGUUCAAUUUUAAGAGACAAGCCAACUAUGUAUUUAAAUGUGCUGCUGCUGUUGAAUAAUUGAGAAAAAUUUAAGGUACGAAAAUAAAGAAUAAAAAAAGACAAAAAAAAGAGGAAAGAAUAAUUACCGGCUACAUCAGAUCAGCAUUUUCCCGGUCAAAAGGUUGUACAUACACUCCCAAACAUCCUUGUUGAAGCCUUUUUUUUUUUUUCUUCCCUUUUUUUUAGUUUAGUUUAGUUUUGUUUUUUGUAAACAAAACAGCACCCCUGGUCCAGGACAUGGACAAUGUUUGUGAAAUAUUCCUGAUCAGACUGUUAGAAAAGGAAUAUAAGGUCCUGGUUGCCCAGAGUCGUUCUCCAUCACCUGGAAGUUUGGAUUGUAUAACCACUAGCAAUCAAGCCCCUGGCCUUAUAUUUUCUCAACUGUACAUUGAACUGUUGUCAAGGAAAAUGGCUAAAAUAUAUAUUUUGUUGUAUUGCUAGUGUAAAAUAAAAAUUCAUGGGAAACCGUAAAUAUGAAGAAACCUUUUAAUUGCAAAAUUUUACGUUUGAGAGACUAUUGUGUAGAAGUUGCACAUAUGUUAUACAGUGUGUUUAUGGUUCCAACACUUCAUUCAUGGUAGUAUGUUUGAACGUAAAGGCUUACGAAAAGAAGAAAGGAGGACUCAACAAAUUACAAAGAUGCAUUAUCACUUUUUCCACUUGUGAACAGUGUUUUUUGCUUAAUGAGUUCCAUUGAUGCCACCCAUUGCAAUAUGUUUAUUUGGCAUUACUUUAGUAGGAUGGGAAUGCAAAAACCCAGUUAAAGUGAUUUAUGCAUUGCACAGUUUUUUGUGUGACUCUGAAUGAAAUAGAUCUUUUUAGCAGUCGUGGCAGAGUGAUGGGCAAGCGCAACAUGAAACCAACUUUUGACAAUAAAGUUUCUAUCAUAAAUGUAGUUCUUCCACCUGGGUUUGGACAUUUUAUUUAUUAAAAAUCUUUCCAAAAGAUAAGUGGGAAAUGUGUGAAUAUUUUCCAGCACUGGUAUACAUGCUGUACUGUAGCUCAUGUUUUUUUAUGUAAACAUGUUACCAAGGGGCUCAUCACUUAAGACUGAUGUAAAGUUCAACACUUGUUUAACAAAUAAAAUAAAUGUGAGAUUUUUUGUCAAAUGCCAGUUGCUUUUUAAUGGUUUCUGUUUUUGGCACUAUUGGAGAAAGCCGGUUUCAUUAUAUUAUUUUGCUAUGGACAAAAUACACUUUUGACUCAGGUUAUCAGUAAGUCCCAAGCACCUUGAAAGGUAAAUUGGUGAAUUUGUUUUCCAGGGGAUUUAUCUCGCUUUCUGUUCUGCUUUUCUUCAAUCGCUGCAGAGUAGAGAGAGCUCAUUUCACCAUAUGUGUUAGAGAAGCCAAAUCUUUCCAUGUGAUUCAAAGAUGAGAAACUCAGGUAGGAAAUUUGCAUUGUAAAUGUUCCUCUGUGUGGUUGUAACACUAAUAAAGGUUCAAAAUGACACUGGUUCA